AUGGCAAAACGUUUCCAGCCCAUGAAGGAAUUUGGCCGCAACAUGAAAAAGCCCAAAUUGGACAUAAGUAUCAAUCGUGGUUCCACUCAUCAUAGUACGGUCAGCACAACCAAGACCACUUCCACCUCCAAUGAGGUGGAAAAUAAUUUUUGGGAUGACGAUGAUGAUGAUGUGAUUCUACUGGCAACUCAAGUUGCUGAGGCAGCAGCUGUGGCCAAAACCAGCAACAACAGCAAUGCCAUUAUAUCCGAAACGGAAAUAACAUUUACCGAGUUUGCCAGUGCGGCUACAACAAGUACACAAAUGCCCGCAGCCACAUAUGAGAUACCAGGUCCGGAUAUACUUUCCCAAAUGUUCGAAGAUGAUGACGAUGAUUUAAUGGCGGCAGUAGAGAAAGAAGAUCCGGCACCUUUUAAGAAACCUAUUGCACCUCCGCGGCCUCAAAAGCCGGUCGCUACAGCCUCAAAACCUAGACAAACCAUUGAAAAACCUCCCUCUCAAAAACCUCCACCAACAACAAACACGGAAUCAGAGGAUAUAUUUGAAAUAAGAUUAACACAGAGUAACAAUCUCCCCGACACCAGUUGUGCUUCAGUGCAAAGUUCAGCACGGCGACAACUGGCCUCGGAAAGGCAAAUUAAAUUCCUAAUGGAAAAAGUAGAUGCCCUGAAAAAAGAAAAUCUAAAAAUUAGCAACAAACUGACGGAAUCAAAAUCUAAAAUUGAAUCCAAAGAAGGUGAAGUAUCAUUGCUGCGCGAUGAACUACGACAUAUGAAACAACAGGCCAAUAAUUUGAAAAUGGAAAAGAUUUUCAGUGCUGAGGCAGCCAAGGGUGAAUGUCAACUAAAAAUUGCCGAAUUGGCCAAAAAGGUGGAGGCCCAGCAGGCCGAAAUACGCCUGAAGGAGGCUCAGACCUCCCGAAUGAAAAUGAAACAAGCCGAUGAAACCCAGAAGCUGCAACAGAGUAUGGUUCUACUAAAUCGAACAGAGAUGCCAGGAAGCAAACAGGACAAAAAAUUAAAGAAAUGCCUUAUGAAAAUGCAAUCAUUGGAUUUAAAUAUCUCCCCCGAACUAAAUGACGAACAUAUUGAACUGUAUCCACCAGUUUUUGAUUCCUCCUUGGACAAGGGAGGAACUGUUAAACGUAAAACAUUGUUCGAGCGGGAACUGGAAAAUAUUCAAACCCUGCUGGCACAAUUGCAACUAAUGGCUGUCCAUGAGAUACCCAAGGAUUUCAUAACACGGUGUAUAGAAUCGGUGUGUAAGGUAUUUCCGGAGUUUUGGUCCUAUACACAAACCUUGUACUUUCUAAAAUACUGUGAGGUCCACCCGUAUCACAACUAUUCGCUGAGCGAUUCGAAGAUCUACCCGAAUCGUUUGCUGCAACAGCCAAGUGAAAUAUACGAACGUGAACGAUGUCUAUGUUUUCGUAGAUAUAUUGCCAUUCUGGCAAUUAUGUGUCAACGUGAAGCUUCACUAGCUUUGGCUCUGCUGCAGCACAAACAUGGCGAAUAUUAUUUGCUGCAAAUUGCCACCGAUUCCAUCGUAACAUUGGGAUUUGCUUGUGGUAUUUGUGAACAUUUUGGUGUGCUGGAGGCAUUCUCUGUUUGGUUGAAGAGUAUGUUACGACACAUUUCUCACGAUACGGAAACAUCGUAUAUGGAAAUGUUAGUCGAUCACAUGAAACACAUAGUCUUUACCCGUCCAUGUGCUUGGAUUUUUCGAGAGAUCUCAAUUUGUCUAUUCGAAAGUUGUAAAUUACCACAAAUCCUAGAUAUGUUGUGUAUAAAUAGUCCGGAAGCGACAUUUGUGGCUGAUCGUGUCAAAUCCACAUAUCGUUUCUCCAAUGAAUCGUGUUUUAUGCAGGUUUAUUGUGGUCUUUUGGAAAUUGUAUUCCCCCUCAGUGCUGGCCUGCAUUUGGAACAUUUCCGUUUGUUAGUUGAUAUAUGCUGGAAUCAUAUACGUUUUGCAUAUCACUGUUUUAUACAACCACCCAAAUUUAUCCAUCGAAUGUUACCCAUAUAUGACGACGAAGAAGAGGAUGAUGACGAAAUGAUGGAUGUUAAUGACGGAACAACAGCAAGUAGAACUUAUGGUGCUUUCGAAACAACUGAACAAAAUUCUACAACCAAAUCGGUUACAAAUUCGACAAGUAAUUUAAAGGCAACAACAACAGCUGGGACUGUAGAUAGUACAAAUAUUAAUAGUAUAAUAUCCACAACACAAUGUGAAUGUUAUAUUAAAUUAUGCCUUAGCGUUGUAACGUUGGUAUUUCAAUUGAUGCGACAAUGGAUUUUCCACAAAAUGGAAUAUUGUACUGACGAAGUAACUGAAAUUUCCCGUCUGUCUGUACAACUUUUACACAUGAUAUUCUGUGACUAUUAUUUGACAUGUUUAUUUCGUGAUUCUGAAGCAACAACGAAAUACUAUCUUAGUUUAAUUUUAAAAUGGUGGUCUGAACAUGCCAAAAAAUUAAACUUUAAUGAAAUCGAUUUAAAAUUUUUACAAAAAAUACAAAAUUCGCAUGUUAUACCCAAGGAUAUAGCGGAUGAAACAAAUUUACACACUGUCGUAGCCGAUUUAACCGAAUGGCAAACAAUUACCAAAGACGCUGGCCAUGAUAUACUAUUGGAUAGUUUGGAGGAGGCAGCGAAAAUUGCCAAUCGUUUAGGUUUAAUUGAUAGCGCAUCAGAUGAAGAGAAAUUCUUUGAAGUAUUUAAAGGAUAUGCAUUUAAUUUCCAGUGA